UCGUUUAGAACAGAUGGAGGGGCAUUAUCGGGAUUCUGGGCAGUUUCGUGAAGAGCAAGAGUGCAACUGUCAGGGACAAAAGAGUAAUUUAAACUGCUGGUUGUGUUGUUGUUGUAGAGUUCAACUAGCCUACAAAUUCCAACUCAACAGCAGCUUUAGCAGUAGAAGUAAAAGUUAGAAAACAAAAAAAACAAAAAACACAAAGAGAAAAUAUUUUCAUGUUUGAUUUUGGGUUUUGAUCAUCAAAGUUAACAUAAUUCUCUCUUGUCUUGAAGAACAUUGAUUGCAUGGUGCAGUUGGUUUUGUUGAGAUAGAAGAAGAAGGAGGAGAAGGAUGAAGACAUGGAAGAGGCAGAGGAAGGAAGAGAAGAUGGUGUCAAACGAGGAGAGAGAGGCAGAGGAUUGGUGCUUCAUCUGCAAAGAUGGUGGAGACCUCAUGUUAUGUGACUACAAGGACUGUGUAAAAGUUUAUCAUCCUGGAUGUGUUGGCAAAAAGAAAUCCUUCAUUGAUACUGGAAAGAGCUGGACUUGUAGGAAGCAUUCUUGUUCACUGUGCCUUGAUACCCCCAGGUUUUGCUGCUAUUGUUGUCCGAAUUCAGUAUGUCAACAUUGCAUAAGCGGUUCCGAGUUUACAGUGGUUAGAGGGAAGAAAGGCUUUUGCAAGUACUGUUUGAAGCUUGUGUUACUUGCAGAAGAAAACUCAGAAUACGGUUUAGAUGGGGAAAAAAUAGACUUUAAGGAUCGGGAUACUUUUGAAUGCCUAUUCAAAGAAUAUUGGGAAAUCAUAAAAGGAAAGGAAGGUUUGAGUUUGGAUGAUGUCUAUUCUGCAGAUGUUGAUUCAAUAAAAAUUGGUGAGAGUGAAGAAGAUAUUGACCUGACAACACCUAAUAGUGACGCUGAUAGUACAGAACUUCAGAGGUCGAUGGGAAAAAGGAAGGCGCCAAAGGAACAAGAAUAUCUCGGAUGGGGAUCGAAACCUCUCAUUGAUUUCCUCAGAUCCAUUGGUAAAGAUACAACUAAACAGUUAUCACAGUAUGAUUUGGACUCUAUCAUCUUUGCUUACAUCAGAGAUAGAAACCUAUUUCACCCUGAAAAGAAGAGAAAGGUUCUAUGUGAUGAUAAGCUGUAUUCUAUUUUCAGAAAGAAGUCACUAGAUAGGAUAAAAAUAUAUGGUCUUUUGGGGGCACAUAUUAGUGAGAACUUGGUAUUAUUGGAUGAGAAUACAAGUGAGGAUGAAGAUGAAAAUAAAUUGGAAGACAAGAAGAAAGAUACAAUGAUAGUAGGGAAGAAGGGAACAGUAAGCUCAGAUAUAACAUCACUUGAAAAUGAAGUGAGUCCUAGUGUCCGACAAAGUCGUUUUGCAUCUUUAGUGACUGAUAACAUCAAGCUUCUCUACUUAAGAAGGAGCUUACUGGAGGAGUUACUGAAGCAGCCUGAAAAUUCUGAAAGCAAGAUUCAAGGAAGUUUUGUGAGAGUGAAAAAUGACCAAAGAGACUAUCUUCAGAGAAAUUCUCACCAACUUCUACAAGUUGAAGGCAUAAGGAAAAUCUCAAGUACUAAUGAAAUGAAUGGUGAAAUUCUCCUGCAAGUUUCCAAUAUUCCAAGAGAUAUUCCCAUUUUUAUGCUGUCAGAUGUUGACUUCACUGAGGAUGAAUGUGAGGAUUUGAGACAAAAUGUGACAAAUGGCAUGCUGAGGAAACCUACAGUUGUUGAGCUUCAACAGAAGGCAAGAGAUCUCCAUGAGGACAUAACUAAGCAUCGGAUUGAGCGAGAGUUGGUCAGGUUACAGAAGUACAUUGAUCGGGCAAAUGAGAAAGGAUGGAGAAGAGAGUUAUGCGAAUAUUUGGACCAAAGAGAGCUGCUAAAGCAACCGUCUGAACAGGCUCGACUAUUAAAACAGGUGCCAAAGGUCAUUGCAGAGGUUUUAGAGGAUGAAUCUCGUUCCGUAGACUCCAUAGAAGUUGAUAAGCAAGGAAAUCUGGAAUAGCAGAAAUCUAAGAUUCAUUUGACAUAUGGUGUAUUUUGUUUCCUUAUAAAAUCUAGUGUUGUAUGAACAAAGGACAAAGCCUUUCUAGUCUGUAUGUAGUUUG